AUGGAAAGCCCACAGGAUCCCCCCGUCUGUGUGGCCUCUCACCCAACCCAGAGAGUGCUAGCCUUAGGGUUUAAAAGCGGUGCAGUGCGGGUGUUGGCGGUUGAGGGCCCUGCCGUUUGGAUGGAGGCGAACCACCACACCCAUCCCAUUACAGGCAUUUGGUUUGUCUCCUCCCCGGAGGUCGACAAGGAUGCAGCGGAAUCUUGCUCUCGUUAUGCUUCCCCUCAUGAGUCCCAUAACAAGGAGGGUAGUGCUGGCCGCAGGGACCUUCUGAAAGCGACAACUGAAGUUGCCGAGCAAGGGUUUUUGGUGAUAUCCCUUGAUGCAUCUGGUUGUGUUUGCAUCUUUUCUCAACUUCACGAAUUUGCACUUAUUCGGAAGCUGGAGAACCCCCAGAUUGAAGGGGCUCCAGAAGGAGUUCCAUCUCUUGUAUUUUCUGGCGAUGGAUCUAAAGCUGUUCGUUACUUUUCGCCCCAAACCCUAGGCCUCCUUCGCCUCCCAGAGUUCAACUUCGAGGCAGAGUUCUGCCCCUUCCCAACAGCGUGCAAAUCGCUUGCGAUCACUACUUUUUCCUUUUCGGCUUCGGGGGAUGCCCUGUGCGUCUGUGGCAAUGACUCUAGAAUGCGUGUAUUCUCCUUUACGAAGGAUUCAGGCACCACAAGCGUCCGCCAAAGCCGAGAAAUAGCCCUUCUUAGUGGGCCCAUUAGCGUCGCAUGGAUCUCCUCGGCGGGUGUGGAGGAAAGCAGCAUUCCACCCGUCGGCAUUACGUGCGGUGAAGAUGCCCUCAUUAAGGUGUGGAACUUAGCAAAACUCAGCGCUACCCAGGACAACGAAGGAAGCACCUUGCAGGGCGGCAAUGAGUCGAGAGAGGCAGAUGAUUUAGCAUGCGCUUCAGAAGCAAAUGCAAGCCACGGAGAUUGCAGCGGAUCAGCUGCGCAUAAAAGCACAAAUGUCUAUACGGCGACAGGGCUCACUGAGUUCCCACACUUUCAGUCCUUUGCAGGCCACAACAGGCCUCCCUUCUUGGUGCACCUGUUGGGAGACUAUUUGGUGUCUGUUAGCUCCACAGAAACAAUUACGUGGAGGGUCGAAUCCCCUCUUCUUAACACUGCAUCAGAGAUAGCACCCGCCAGGAGCAUUGCACUGCUGCCGCCGAUGCAGGAGGGCUCACGAUCCGCAGAUCCCUUUCCAGGUGAUCUUCAUUCCCUACAGCAGCAACAGGAAAGUCAACGGCAGACGAACUGCGAGCACGUAAAGCUGCCGCAGCCACAACAGCCGCCAACGGCGCACCCUCAACCUCUAAAGCAGCCCCUGCUAAAUCCGCUACAAUCAGUACAGAACACUGUCGGCCUGAAGGCCCUUUUCUGCUCCUCAAACGAGGCCUCUUUGCCACAGUUUUCUUCAGUUUGUGGCCCAGAAAAAUCCAAUCCAAGCCACGCUCCCCCGUUCUGUACCCCCUUUGCGGCGGCUGCUGCCAACGUCCGUGCUGCUGAGACUGCCUCCUCUUCAGCUGCAUUCGACGAAACUCAGGGCACUGCAGCAGCGGCAGCGCAGAGGAUAAAUUUUGGGGGGCCAACCGUUCCGGAUUGUCCCGUACAGGAAGACAGCUAUGAAGCUAAUUCAGCGGCAGUUGUUGAUAACACGAGCAACGCGGAUGUCGUUCGGAUGCAAGGCGAAAAGUCUGAAGCUGAAGGGGAAGUUUCUACGGAAACAGGUCAUGUGUCCGACGUGAAAGUAUUUCCGGGAGUUGUGGGGACGUCCACCCCACUUGAGGCCAGUAUACACGCUGGGCAGCAGCUACCGGUGUCACAGAGGCCGCAUGAGUCGAAUGCUCAUUGGGUUCCCAGAGCAGGAGGCGCUGCAGCUCGUCACGUAAUUGGUACUGCAGUGGCCAGUUGUCGCAGCAGCUGUCUAUGGAGGCCGUUGAAGGGUGGGGAGCCCCUCGACGCAAAAGUUCAAGGAGGAGUUUUGGCCCAUGCGGUUGGGAGCUGGGUGCUGAUAGAAAGGCUGUCUACCCCUGCUGCCUGUCAAGAAGGGAAGUGUUUGGGUUUGCUUCCAGCCCUGUUUGGUCGAUCUGCGCAGCUGCGUGUGCAGCAGCAGCAAGUACCAGCAGACUCCCCCAAGAAAAAGUCUUCAGCGCUCCACUGGCAACAGAGAGGCUCGCUGUUGCUGCAGCAAUGCGCAGCAGUGGCCCAGGCACCCCGAAUUUCCGUCCUAAGACACCCCGUCGUUGGACCAGCGAUUGCCUUCGCUAUCGAUGCCACCACACGACUUGCAGCCACCAUUAGCAUCCUGAGAGUUCCAGACCCCACCGCUUCUUGUGGACGCUCCCUCGGCAGCGGUGGCUGCAGGCACGGCUGCAGCGCAUGCUGUGGCAGCAGGGCUGCUGAUGCCGCUGCUGAGUGUCGGGGCCUUAUAACCAGUUUCUUGGGCUUGUGCCUGUGGAAGGCGGAAGGAGGUGGAGAGCUUCUGGGGGCUGCGCGUCUGGCACGUGCAUAUGGGGAGGCUGACAGCAUCCGUAUGAACAGGCAGAGUGCAACCUCUGGCUUCCCAGACCGCGAUGCAGAAAACUUGCCAGGCAUCUUGUUCUGCGGCUCCGAUCUGGUGGUCACUGCGGGUAUUUCGGAAGCUCUCAAAGGAAUGACGAAGCCGCUGUUGAGGCAGGCCAGAGGGGAAGCCCUGUGGUCACUGGCAAUUAUUGCCGGUGGCUGGGUGUAUGCCUUCAAUUUCGAAGCCAAUGUAUUCAUCUUCGAGCUCUUCCUUGGCGACUUCCUUAUCAGCUCCAUAACGUGCGGUAAAGCGAUGUAUUUGGCCUACAGCACAGGGUCAUUGACUCGGCGAGCAACGGUGGAUUUGAUUCGACUGUUGGAGAUGCAACAGGGACUUGGCCCGCAGUCAGUGGACCUACGGCAACAGGCCGCUUUGCCGCCCUUAGCUUUAGACGCUCCCAUAAAGAGUUUACAACUCGACGGGGAGUCCCAAGAGGCGGCGGCGACCGGCAAUGGGGGCGGAAGGAGCAGCCGAUUGCACCAUUUGUUGAGAGGAACAGAGGCUAGCAGUGAAGGAGAUCCUCCUCUGAUCGCUACGGCAGAUUCUGGGGGUUCCCUACGGCUGUGGAGUCGGUGGCCUCUGCCGCAGCAGCUGGCAGACUUUUCGCUGCCGCACCCGUGCACAGCACUCGCUUUCCUCUGGCGCUCGCUUCUCUUGGGCUGCUUCAAAGACGGAUCCCUAAGGAUCUUUGACACAAACGCCUUUCGCCUCGUCGGUCGCCUUCAGCUUGCAACGACCCAAGACCCACCUGUGGCUAUUGCGUGCCUUGGCGAUCGCCAUGCACUGCUGGCGACGGCCUCAGGCGAGCUCCUGUCUCUCGUCCUUGAUUUAAAAUUCAAGGACAAGGCCGACCCGCCUGCUUUCCCAACUCCCCAAAUAAAGCACGCAAGUGUCUCUAAAAUAGCCAAUGCCCUCACGGCUUGCUUUGGGCCCACCUUCAUGCUGCAGCUGCCGCCUACUACUCCUCGGGGCAGUAGCUGCAGCACAGGGGGUAACAGCUGCAGCUGCGUUGCUCCCAACGCUUCCGCCUCUGUGAAGAUCGUCACGGUUGUGGAGUGCCUCGUGGGGCAGCGGCAGGCAGCGUGGCCUCCAGGGGCGGACAGCAGAGUCCGUUUUGCGCUGUGUCUUUCGGGCGGCUAUUGCUCAGUUGGCGCCUUUGGAGUGCGCUUUGGCCCAGAGGCAGGAGUUACUGAACCGUCUUGCUCGCACCAGCUGGCGGUUUCCCGUGCCUCUUUCUCAGGCAGCAGCACUUUAGUGAUUGCCCGGGGCAUUCUCGUCUACCUGGUGGACUGCGAGGCGCAGCAGGUGCGUCUGCGUGCGUGUUUGCAUUGUUCUAUUGGCUUGAAGGUUCUCAUCUCUCUCACACCUCGAGGCGGGGAGGCGCUGCUGCUGCAGGUGGCUUCUGGGGCGGUGGUCAGCGUUGGCCAGUUCGGCAUUCACCCGAAUCUCCCGCUCUCAUUCGAAACGGACGACCCCCUCUGCCUUGCAGCAUACGCAGAUGACGAGGUUGUGGUGGCCUGCGGCUCUUCCCUGAGUAUGGUCCAUGUGUUCUGA